AUGUACAUGUAUUUGAAAUUCGGAUCAAAGACCUCGGUGCAGCCCCCCGUGGCAGUUUUAGUGGCAGACGCGUGCGAGGGCAUCUCACUUCCUGUAGUACCGGUUGUCGUGAGAGUAAUUUUCCCUUUCUGCAGUUGGUUGCUCUGCGAUGUUAAACAUGAAGGCAAGGAGAAAGAGAGAGAGAGAGGGGAAAUAAGCAGGGGCGUGCGGGCAAAGAAAACUUUUACCCUCGAGAAGCAUACCAGACGCACGACUACCCUUGCUGACAUUAUGGGGAGGACAAAGCAGGUGUUAAAAUAG